CGCGCUGUCGCGACUCUGCCGUGCGCCGCGGGCGCCGGGUCGUGGCCCAUGGCGGCCUGGCGGGUCCUCGGGAAGCGCCGGCUCCCAACGCUCGGCCGCGCCUUUGCGGCCCGCGGCUGUCGGCUCGCCCCGGAGCGCGGCGCCGAGUGCGGGGAGGCCGCGCCGAGCCGGGUCUCGAGGUUCUGCCCUCCCGGGACAUCGUGCCACGACUGGAUCGGACCCCCAGAUAAACACUCAAACCUGCGGCCCGUUCACUUCCACGUCCCCGAAGGCGAGUCCGCAGCGGAACAGAAGCUGCGGGAACUCCGGCAGGAAACGCAGGAAUGGAACCAGCAGUUCUGGGCCAACCAGAACGUGACUUUCCGCAAGGAAAAAGAAGAAUUUAUUCACUCAAGACUAAAAGCAAAGGGCCUGGGCCUGAGAACUGAAUCAGGUCAAAAGGCAACACUGAAUGCAGAAGAAAUGGCUGACUUUUAUAAGGAAUUUCUAAGUAAAAAUUUUCAGAAGCACAUGCAUUAUAACAGGUUCGCCAUCACUGCCCUAGAGCCUGGUGGUGCCGGCCGAGGCCGGGAGCUGGGAGAGCGAAGGUACUGCUGGUGCCGCGGGUGCUCUGAGCCGUAACGCUGCUCAGCCGACCGGCAGCAACUUUCUCUGGACCUCGGCGUCCCUCUGAGAGCUGGACGUGUGCUGGUGGCUCUCUGAGCGGAGAGGGCCGGAGCCCGCCCGCUGUCCCCGCGGAAACGGAGAGCCCUCCCUUCCCGGCACCUGUCAAGGCCGGUCGUCUGCGUGGGGGGGCACCUGCUUCUCCUGAAGGCAGAACAGCUCCUGGGAUCUGUGUCGUCGUUUUCCGGGAAGCCCAGCUCACUCGGGGCCCCGGCCCCAUUCCUGGCACGUGAAGUGGACGGCAGUGUAAAGAGGGUUCUCACCGGCAUCCUGCCGGCUGUCGCUCAUUCUUGCAUCGGCUCAUGUGGCGGGAAAGCCUGGCACUUGGCCUCCCAGCCUCCGAGGCUCCGCCCCGAGGGUCUGGAAUGUGUGUUCCGCUGUGGUCACGGUCCAGCUUCGCCACUCGCUGCCCCCAGUCGGGGCAUUUGCAAGUGUGGGGUGUUCUGUAAGGCAGUCGCAGGCGAGCAGGCCGGGACCGGGGCCCCAGCCCAGUCUUUGUCAGAAGCCGUGGAGCUGCCCCUUCAGAGACCCAACUUCCACAGACGCACAGGCCACCGCGGGAGCGGGCGGGGCUCUGACGCUGGCAACACCGCCGUAGCGAGCCCCUCACCGGUGCCUGGUUUCAUGCUUCUGAGGCAGGUCAGUGCCAAGGUCGCGAGGCCCCCUCGCUCAGUCACUGUCCCUGCAGGAGACCCUGGGCUGAGAGGCCCCGGCUUCCGAGGGCGGCUCUGCAAGCUUUCAGCAAAACCCAGGCGGCCUGCAGGG